AUGGCAUCAUCAUUCCCCCAAGCUGAAUUCUUCAACCGCAUGGCGGUCAACUAUGCGCGCCAAACCGGCAAUAGCACCGCGGUUCUCUUCCUCUCCAGCUGGGACGACAUCAACGCCCUCAAGCCCAUCACGUCUACAUCGGUCAUCCACGACAAUGCUGGCGGGCGAGGAACAGCGACCUCUGUCAUUGUCGAAAAGUUUGAGCCCAACAUCCCUGAGAUAUUGAUUACAGAUAACAAUGGCAUAAUGGUUGCCGUUGCCUCCGACGCAUUCGCAGCGCACCCCAGUAUUACAGCCCAGCAGAUGGACUCGGUAGGGCUCACUCUUCCGAACAACCACUACACCCACUUGAUUACCAAUUUCAGCAUCUUUCUCUUUCCCGACCCCAGGGCGAUUCGCCCAGAUCUACCGGUCAUGCCGACGCAAGGAAUCGAGUUUAUGGAAGAGGGCGUUGCGGCAAAGACAAUGGAACAGGCAGGUUUUGACCCAGCCAAGAUGAAUGUCCUGGAAAAGGUGUUUGUGGCAACGGGAGAUGCUCUAGACGGCUUGAAGGAGUUUUUGCUUACUGACCUGGCAGGCAUUGCCACAGAGGGCUGGAGUGACCAGGAGAAGCAGAAGUGGCCGGGGGCAGUGGACGCUGCAUUCAAGGAAGAGGUUGAUGGGUAUGGAGGAAUGAGAUUUGAGGCGUGGGUUGUCCUGGCUAAAAAGUAG